AUGAAUUGGUCAAAUAAUUUGGAUUAUUUAAAUUUACCACAAAAAAUUCGUGAAAAAGACAAAAUUAUUCAACAUUUAACUUUGUUAUUAGAAUUUCAAAACUCUGAAAUUGAAGAUUAUAAACAUUUUAUAAAUUCAAUAGAGGAUCAAAAAAAUGAAUUGAAAGAAAAAGAAAAUACUAUUGAUAAGUUAAAUGAAUAUAAAAAUAUACUUUUAAGUGAGCUUAAAGAAAAAAUUGAAGAAUGUACUAAAAAUGAGCAGGAGAUAAAGAGGCUAAAUACGGAGAUAAAAAAUUUAAAAGUUAAAAAUGAUAAAAUAACAGAGAGGUACGAAAAUUGCAAGUUUCUACUUGACUCAAAACAGUCAUUUGAUGAAACUGUUGCUGAUAUUCUUUCUUCUUCGGAUUGUUCAAAUAGUAAAAUAUCAUCAUAUGAACUUUAUGUAAAAUGUGAUGAAUUGGCAGAUACUUUGAAUCAUAGAAACAGUGACAUGUUUGAUUUACUUAAUGAAGUAGAAUGUCUAAGAAGUAACAAUAAAAGAAUGCAUUCUGAAAUGUCAUUAUUAAAAAAUGAAAUAGAAGAACUAAAUAAUGAAUCAAGUUUAAAAUUUAUUUUAAAUCCAAAUUUUCAAAGAAUGAGUUUAGUAAAUUUACCAAGUAUUAUUGAAGAACCAGCUAAUUCUUUGAUUGGAAAUACAAACAUAGCCAUUGAAAUACCCGAAACAUUUGAUUUGAUAAAUCAAAAUUUUGAUUAUGAAAAUGAAGAGUUUUAUGAAAAUAAAAUUGCAGACUUGGAAAAAAAACUUUUGAAUUCUAAUCAAAAGUUACAAGAAUUAGUUGAAGAAAUGAAAAAUCAUAAAUGUCAAGUUACUUCCAAUGAUAAUAUUAUGGAAGAUUACACACAAUCUUCAACGGAAGAAAAUUUUUUUGAAAAUAACCUAGUUAGUUUAAAGAAUAUUAAAAAGAUACAUAAAGAUGAGAUUAUUAAGUUGGAAAAACAGAUUGGCUUUUUAAAAAGUAAACUUAUAGAUUCUGAAAAACAAGAAAAUAAUAAUGAAUCACAAAAAAAGAAUACACUUAGUGUUUCUAGUUCCCUUAUUUCUGCAAUUGACUAUAUACUUUCAAUUGUUAAAAAAGCAUUUCAUACAAUAAUUAAAAAAAUUAAUUUUAUUAAAUGA